GAGGGCGGAGCGGUGAGGCUGAGCUUCCCCCCUCACCACCUCCUCCCCUUUCUCCGCUCCACCCGACAGCAUCAGCGGUACCGAGGGGAGGAGUACAGCGGAGCGCAGCCGGGGACGAGAAGCUGGAGGAUGAGAGCCUGAAGCAGCAGCAAAGGGAAGCCCACAGCGAGCUGAUUGACUUGACGGAUGGAGGAGCGCUGGUGGGAUAACCAUGCUUUUGGCACUUAAACCACCCCCCUCGUCGUGCUGGAGACCGCUGUCCUUCUUGGCCACGAGGGCUCAUGAUCAUCCUGUUGACCACUAGGACCUGCGCGUCCUUCCCUGCAGAGCUGCUUUCCAGCAGAAUCCCAGUUGUGAAGCUGUCUGUGCUGUACUGAGGACAAGUGAGACAGCUGGGUCAAAGCAGAUGGGGUUUUGUGAUUAGAAGUGAACUUAGCUUGGCAGGAAGCACUUGGCCAGGCUGGCACAGAGACUGCUUAACCCCCUCCUGCAAGGCCUCUACAUUCCUAGAUGGCUUACAGCACGUACUGGGAAUUGCAUUCCAAGGCAGCCUGAAUUGAGGUCAAGCUUUGCCUACUUGUAGCAGACGGAUGUUGCUGAUAAAAACGUUCCACACGCACCACACAGAGAUUUAUUAAAGCUGCUUCUGCAAGCGUCUGCAGUGAGUUUAGCUUUCCUCUGAGCUCGCCGACAACAGUAAACUGUUUAUUGCCUUUACACGCGUCACUGAUUUGACAGAGGAAGCACAGGAGACGUUCUCCUCUUUGAAAACAGCUGGCCCCGCUAGCAAGAAGCAACACCGCUGUGCAUCAAACAGGGAAACCGCUGCCAGAUCCUCAAAACCAUGCUGCUGAGCUGAGCGUUGCAGCCACACCGUCAAAUGUACCAUGGGAUGCAUCAAAUCCAAGAAUGCCUUCGCAGGUUCAAACGCCAUCCAGGAUGAGCGCAUCGGGGGAGGUAGCGAAGGCUGCGCUGGGGAGAAGUCCUCGCUGAUAGGAGCGAAGGCGGACGAGAGAGGUCCCUCCAGCACUAUCGUGCUGGACUACGCGCACCGUCUCUCGCGGGAGAUCCUCGACCAGGCGGUGAAGCAGUGGGCGGUGACUGAGAGCAAAUACAGCGACAUCCCCUUCAUCGAGAGCGAUGUGCCCUGAGCCCUGCCUAGCCGGGACGGGCCCUGUCCCGUCUGCCCAGCAGCUGGCGUUCGGUACGCAGAAUCAGCUGCGAGCUGAGUAUAAAAGCCGCUACCUGAAUGUGUGUGCAAGAAGAGGCUGGGGGUAGAAAUUGCCUUUUAAUCUGUAUUGCUAAGAAACUAACGGGAUUACAGUAGGCUCUGUUAAUCAAGUGUCAUGUGUUACCGAGUGUGUCCUGUCUUUGUCUGUGUUGAAUGUGAGCAGAAAUUAAUGCUAAAAAGGGAGGUAACCUGGCUGCCCUGCACCUCUGCGAGCACUGCCACGGCGGCCCCCAGGAUGCUUAAUGACAACGCGCGGAGUAGGUUUGUGUGCUGCCUAAAAACUCAGAGCUGUGUGCAGGUGAAAAGAGCAGAACUCUCAGUGCUUGGUAACUCUGCCUCCGUUUUGCUCCAAUGAAGCCACGGUCUGCACGUAGCAGGGCUGGCGGCUGUCACAGGUUUUACUUUGAUUCUUUGACCUGACUCAAUCUGUAAACCACAAAAGGAUGGUGGUGAAUGAGAAGCAUUUUAUAAAGCCAAGCAGUAUUCAGUGAACCACAAGGAUUAUGAUACAAUUUCACUUCCAGUCUUAAGAGAAGCAGUGAGAACCAUUACAGUAUUGAGAGGCAAUGCAUUAGAAUUGACAGAUGCUCUGGUUUCCAUAAAAGCGUGAAGCCAGGUCUCUCAAAUCCUGCAGUACGGUGGUCUGACGACAUCUGACCACUGUGUUCAGACCAAAGCUGUUUGUUUUUUGGGUUGGGGAUUUUGUUGUUGGAUUUUUUUUAAGCAUUAGGUUGUUGAGCUGGGGGCAAGGGGAGGGAAGGAUGUUUUGCCUUUUCUACUGUAACCCAGAUAGGUGUGCACAAACUACUGAUGCUAACUAGUGACAUGAACCUUCAAAGGUCCAACAGUGUUUUAGGACUGUGUUUCAUGGGAACUCUGGCUGUAUCACACUACUUCACUCUGCAGUUAACCCCCUUGGGACAGUUUGCCUUCCUCCUCAUUGCUUACUGGUUGGUAGAACAGUGCUCAGCCAUGCACCAACGAGCUAUGGAAACCUACAGCCUGAGCAGUGUACCGAAUUAGUGGAAAAGCCUUAGGCCCAAAGCUAGAGGGUUCCAUUCUUUACUUUAUCCAGCUUGCAGCCACACAUUACAUUACAUUCAAGCUGUGACUGGGUAGGUUUAGACUGGACAUUAGGAAACGUUUUUUUCCCAGCAAGAGUGGUCAAGCAUUGAAAUGGGCUGCCCAGGGAGGUGGUGGAGUCACCAACCCUGUGUGUGUUUAAAAGUCGUUUGGAUGUGGUUCCUGGGGAUUGCAGUUUGAGGGUGAACUUUGUAGAGUAGAAAUAACAGUUGGACUUAAUGAUCCUGGGGGAUCUUUCCCAGCUGGAAUGUUUCAUAAUUAUAUGAUUGCACCCUACUUCUCCAAGCUCCUAACUAGCAUCUGAAAUGUUCACAAAGGGAUGAAUUAAUCCCCUUAAAGCUACAGUUCUGCUGAUGCUUUCUAUCAAGUAAAUGCCUAUUAAAAGCUGGGGGGAGGGGGUAAUACCUGUUUUUUCCUUUUGCUGUUUUGGCCAUUGUAAAAGAUGCAGGGGGGGUUGCUGCCUAGAUCCAAGUGCUUUCCAUUUCAUGCUUUAAUUUCAUAGAAAAAUGCUUUCCAUACUGGCCAAAAGUGUUACUCCUUUGAAAAGCUACACAUACUUCUGGUCUUUCAUAAAAUCAUAGAAUGGUUUGAGUUGGAAGGGACCUCCAAAAGUCAUCUAGUCCAACCCCCCUGCAGUCAGCAGGGACAUCCUCCACUAGAUCAGGUCGCUCGGAGCCUUGCUGAGCCUCAUCUGUUUAAGAUCUCCAGGGAUGGAGCCCCAACUACCUUCCUGGGCAGCCUGUUCCAGUGUUCCACUGCCCUCAUGGUGCAGAACUUGUUCUUAUCAUCCCAUCUAAACCUGCUCUUGUCUAAUUUCAAACCACUGCCUCUUGUCCUGUCACUGCAGGCCUUUGUAAACAGUCCCUUUGUGGCCUUCUUGUAGGUCCCCUUCAGGUACUGAAAGAAUACUAUCAGGUGUCCCUCGAGUCUUCUCUUCUCCAGGCUGAACAACCCCAGCUCCCUCAGCCUGUCUUUUCCAACCAAAACAAUUCUGUGAUUCUAAGCAGGGAGAGGUCUGCCUAUAUUCUUAUCUUCUCAGCUGUAAGACAGUGAUUUAGUUGGGGCAAUUAAUGAGGCAGGAAUUAUAAAAUAGUUGAUUUUAUCUCCAGAAAGCCCCACCCACUACUAUAUACAAGUUAGUUAAAUUUGGGUUCUAAUUCAGUCAGGAAAAAUCUUCACAAGGAUCCUUAUGGGCAAUUCAUUAAUUUAGGAGAAUCAGAAAUACUGGAAAAGGUUUGGACACAAAAUGGCUUUGCCACACUUGCAAAUAAAAGGCAGCCCAGAGCCCUAGGGAAAGUCUGUUCUACUCCCUGCGAUGGAGGAGAAAUUUCAAGAUAGUCCCUGGCUCCUUUGUGGCAGGGUUGGAACUGCUCAGCCAUUGAAAGGCUGCUAGAUCUUCCCAGGGUGCUGGGUAAAAGGCAGACAAUCUCUGACCUGAUCCUGGUUCCGCUUGGCACGGAGGUUUGCAGAGGUGCAGGCAGGAUCUCUUGCAGAUGUGCAGAGGGCACAAUGUCGGUGGCACUUCUUGACACGUCAUGAGGCACUUAAUGUCUUCUCCUGGGAAACUUGAGACACUUGAAGUUUCCAGGUAGUGCAAGCCCAAAACAUCAGGGCUGACCUCAUCUGGAGCAUGAGACAGAGUAGAAUAUGUUGUCCAAGAGCAGUGGAGCAGAAGCAGCACAACUGCUUGCAGCUUAGCUCCAUUUAUAUUACUUGCCUGAGUGCAAAGGCUCCUUUGGCCACAGAGAUUCUCCAAUCAGAAUGGCAUUUGCAAAACUGACCAUAUUAGGUGAAGCCAGGGCUUGCUCACCCUUAUUUGAGCAAGGCACCAACAAGUACCUAAACACCUGUGGGUACCUGUUUAUCACUUUGGGAGGGGACAUAAUGCCCCAAGCCUUUGUUUUCCUCCCACCCUUGCUUCCCCAACAGCAGAAGGGUAGGGCAACUAAUAGGCCUAUUACCCUUCCAGCACAGACAGUCUAUGAACUGAGCUGCUCCGCAACCUUUGUGACACAAACUUAGUGCUUGGAAAUUCACCUGGAUAGGGAGUGGUUGCAUCAGGAGGAAAGGGUGAAAAAUGCUUCUUUGCAGCACAGCACAACACUGCUGUUAAUGGACAGCAACUAGACUAGACCCUGCUAUUGAGACUGUUCUCAGGCUUCUGCUGAAAAAGGGAACAAAACCUGCAUAUGAUGUCAUGUCUUAUUCUUUGAAGUAAUGCAGUCUUUGAAGCCAUAGGUAAGUGGGACUAAGUCAUUUUGGCCCCCUUAAAUUCAACUGAUAACUGUUCCUUGAAGCUCUAAAACCCAUAGAACAUUAGAUCAUAACUUACAUCUGCUCUAUUUAAUAAAGCUCCAUGCCAUGGGGCAGGCUGAAUUUAAAAGCAAACCCAAAAGACCCAUCAGAUCAGCGCAUAGCAAUUGGAUAUUGCUUCACCAGAGUAUUAGAAGAUAAGACUUAGCCCAGCUAAAGGAAAGCUCUAUUACAAAUAAAGGUCUGCCUUUCUGGAACAUUAGUCUUGUCUGAAGAAUGUUAGCACUGCCAAAGGCAUAACCCAAGCUCCACAGAGAUUAUCUGACAGAUAGAGAACUGCAUUUGCUCUAAGAGUGCACUUUGGUGUAUCUGCCUUGGCCCUUUUUACAAAUACAUUGAUGGCUGCCA